AUGCGUAGCAAAGUACUUGUAGGCAAGUCCUCACCUCGUCUUCACGUGCAUGUGAAUAACUACGGGCGAAUUAACUCGCCCGGCGAUGACAUCCGUGUAGCCAUGGCGAAGAACGCGAGCAAGGCGGGAAGUCCUACCGCCGCCUCCGGUGCGAGCUGUGACGGGGACGACGGAGACGAAGCGAACGGCGACGACGUCGAGGAGGAUUGGCCGGAGAACGGUCACGACGAUAGCACUUCGGGCGACGAAUUAGGUCCUGCCGACAUCGAGGAGGACGAAUGGUGGAAUCGGCCGGUCGGGAGCGACGACGAGGUGGAAGAGUGGCGGGCUGGUGAUUCCGACAACGACGGAGGUGAAAAUGCGCAUGGUGAUAACGCGGAGGCAGCGGCGGAUGCACAAGAAGCGGCGGUGGAUGCGAAUGAGGAGGCUGACGACGAGGCGAGGGCGGAACUUGAGACAGUUGCGCCUGCGGAUGCGGAUGCUGUGGCGGAGUCGGACAAGGUUGCUGCGGAUGCCGUCUUAUUUGAUGUGAAAGGCGGCGACGACGACCCAUGGAGCCUUGGGACCGACGACGAGGUUCCGCUACUGAAGAGGAGGCUGCGCCAUCGCUUACAGUCAAAGUCGAAGCGGGCCCGCGUGGUGCUCACUGACGACGACGGUUCGGGGGAGGAGCGUCGCCCGAUACUCACCGCUGCGGAGAAGGGGAAAGCCAAGGUCGCGGAAGCCCCUGCUAAGGCCCCUGCUCGUCACCGCACAAGCAACAAGAAGCGGACAUCAGACGGAGACCCGGGAUCCAGCAAGGGUGCGGCUAAGAAAAAGGCGAAGAAGGCGCCGAAUCCUGACGACAUCGUCGUGAACGAGACGCUGGGCAGCGACGAUGAGUACGCGGCGGCGGCGGGCCCGAUUCCCACGUUCCCUGAGAAGGUCACGCCGAAGGACCCCACCCUCCACAAUCCCAACACCCGCCCACCUACCCCUCGCAGCAAAGACACUACGAAGAAGCGCCGCAGUUGGACUCGUUUCCGUGACCGCUGGAACCUGGUGAUGCGGGUGAAGACCAAGAAGCCGCCCCUGGACCCGGUACGCCUUGUGCUGCCCGUGCCUGUGCUGCCCGUGCCUGUGCUGCCCGUGCCUGUUGCUGCCCGUGCCUGUGCUGCCCGUGCCUGUGCUGCCCGUGCCUGUGCUGCCCGUGCCUGUGCUGCCUGUGCCUGUUGCUGCCCGUGCCUGUUGCUGCCCGUGCCUGUGCUGCCCGUGCCUGUGCUGCCCGUGCCUGUGCUGCCCGUGCCUGUGCUGCCCGUGCCUGUGCUGCCCGUGCCUGUUGCUGCCCGUGCCUGUGCUGCCCGUGCCUGUUGCUGCCCGUGCCUGUGCUGCCCGUGCCUGUGCUGCCCGUGCCUGUGCUGCCGUGCCUGUGCUGCCCGUGCCUGUUGCUGCCCGUGCCUGUGCUGCCCGUGCCUGUGCUGCCCGUGCCUGUGCUGCCCGUGCCUGUGCUGCCCGUGCCUGUUGCUGCCCGUGCCUGUGCUGCCCGUGCCUGUUGCUGCCCGUGCCUGUGCUGCCCGUGCCUGUGCUGCCCAAUAA